CACCACCAAGCCGUUCCAUGCAUGCCCAGGUAUCUUCAACCGAUCAAGUCGACAGAACAUCGUGUCGCAGCGAUUGCUCUGUACAGAGCACUGCUCUCAGGAUGCUCCUCCGCGGCCCUCCCAGAUGACGAACGCAAAUCGCUGAGCAACGCGAUCCGCAACAAAUUCCGUCAGAACAGGAAGAUUCAAAGCCCUUACCAGCUCGGACUAAGCUUCAAGCUCGGCUUCGAGACCGUCGACCAACUCGAUGCCGCAACCGCACCCAACACAGCUGCAGCAAGCACCCUCGCCCACCUCAUAACCACCCUUCCGCGCGGCCUAACCCGCGGCCCACCCACGCGCCGCCCACCCACCCCCGCACCCGCCCCGCACCCCUCCGGCAAACACCCCCUCGCGACCCUCCCCCCCGACCGCGCCGUCCUGAACGUGCGCCCCUACGCCCACGUUACCGGCGCACGCAAAGUCCCCGUCAUCGCCACCGCCAACGGCGUCCCCUUCCUGCGCCUUACAAAACCCCAGCCCGCCUCGCUGAGCCGCGUGCUGCGGCAGAAGCUCGCGCGACGCAUCGAGCACUUCCACCAGCGGGUCGAGCUGCAGCACUACUGGCUGCCGCUAGCGCGGCAGGAGGACGAGUGGGACGCGCUUAUGGGGUCGCAGGGGAUUGAGGGCACGGAGGGGGGGUGGGCGGAUGUCGUGGUCGAGGCGGAGCGGGAGAAUGGGAUGAUGUAUGAGGCGGAGAUGGCGAGGGAUAGGGAGGUGAUUAGGAAGAUGCAGUGGAUUGUGGACGAGGAGACGCGGUUGGCGCUGAAGGAGGGGCAGGAGGUUGUGAGGGGGCGGAAGAAGGCGCCAAUACGAGUGCUCAAGCCUUGA